GCCGCUCCAGACCCGAUGGUAGGCCGCGAGGACGGGUCGAAUAUGCUACUCGGAGGAAAGCCGCCUCUCCCACCAGCCUCUGUAGGACUCUCAGAAGACCAAAAAGAGUUCCAGAAAGUUGCCUUUGGAUUUGCAGCGAAUGAAAUGGCUCCACACAUGACAGAGUGGGAUCAGAAGGAAAUCUUUCCCGUGGAGACGAUGAGAAAGGCUGCACAACUUGGCUUUGGUGGGAUUUACAUCCGGCCGGACGUCGGGGGGUCAGGACUGUCACGAGUGGACACCUCCAUCAUAUUUGAGGCAUUAUCAACGGGCUGCGCCAGUACCACCGCGUACAUAAGCAUUCACAACAUGUGUGCCUGGAUGAUUGACAAGUUUGGGAAUGAGGAGCUGCGCCAUACCUACUGUCCACCUCUGUGCAGCAUGGAGAGCUUUGCUUCCUACUGUCUCACCGAGCCAGGAAGUGGCAGCGAUGCAGCUUCACUGAUUACCACGGCAAGGCGAGAGGGGGAUUACUACAUCCUCAAUGGUGCUAAGGCUUUUAUCAGUGGAGGAGGGGAUGCAGACCUGUAUGUGCUGAUGUGCAGGACUGGAGACAGAGGCCCGAAGGGAAUUUCUUGCCUGUUGGUGGAGAAAGGAACAGCUGGACUCAGCUUUGGCAAGAAAGAGAAAAAGGUUGGGUGGAACUGCCAGCCGACUCGAGCUGUGAUAUUGGAGGACUGUGCCGUACCCAUCAGUAACUUGAUUGGACGUGAGGGUGAUGGCUUUUCCAUUGCAAUGAAUGGACUAAACGGAGGAAGAAUUAAUAUUGCUUCAUGCUCAUUGGGUGCGGCCUAUGCUUCUAUUCUUCUAGCUCGAGAUCACCUCAAAGUCCGCAAGCAGUUUGGGGAACCUCUUGCCAACAGUCAGUACCUGCAGUUCAAGCUGGCUGAAAUGGCGACCGGACUGGUGGCAUCCCGUUUGAUGGUACGCAACGCCGCAGCGGCGCUCCAGGAGGCUCGGCAGGAUGCCGUGGCCCUCUGUGCCAUGGCCAAACUAUUUGCAACAGAUGAAUGUUUCACAAUCUGUAACCAGGCGCUGCAGAUGCACGGUGGCUACGGCUACCUGAAGGAUUAUGCGGUUCAGCAGUUUAUGCGUGAUAUCAGGGUACAUCAGAUCCUAGAGGGUACCAAUGAAGUGAUGCGAAUGCUCAUCUCUCGGAACCUGUUGCAUGACUGAUUCCACUGUGAACAUGUACAGUUGUGCAAAGUGGAAGCAAUUCACUGUCAGUUAUCAUGUAAAAAGUCAAACACCAGCUGUAUACAGUAUAUUUAUAGAAGGAUUCAACAUCAAAUAUUAAUAUUACAGAGCUGCAUCUCCAAAGAAAACUACUCCUGCUCUCCAGAGAAAGGUACUUGACCAGUUGGAUGUAGUCAGUUUCCAUCCUGUUUACUCCUUAGUAAUGUUCAGCACUUCCAAUCCACAUGUAAAUACAGACCGGAGUACUCGGAUAGGUAAAAUAUAACAGCUCGUGUUGUGUUUGUGAGUGUAGAUUGGAGCUGUCACUAACAGUUAGCACCAUUAGAACUUUUAAUUACUUCAGAUAUUGAAUAUUUGGAGUGGUCUAAUAAAAUAUUAAAAAUCA